UCUCAAGUAAUCAUAAUAGAAUUCAUGGCUGAGAAAACGUUUUUUUCGUGAUUAUCACCAUAAUCCUAGAGAACCCUUUUGAUUGAACAUUAAAUUAUUUCAAUGAUUCACUAUCUUAGAUCAGAUGCGAAGAAAUAGAUUAUUGACUACUAUUGCUUGAUGACAUCAUUUUAAUUAUCUCGAAACUCUCUAACGAUAAAAACCUUACAAAAUCAUCAUUUUUGAAUGAUAUUUUUAGGCGAACGAAACUUAGUAUUGAAAAUUUGAAAAAAAAUGUAACAAAUUCGAUCUUGAAACUUUCAUAUCUAGUUUGAACGGAUUUUCUAUCAUUUAUGGCUCUGUAGAUCGUCGCGUCACUUAAUGAGAAUUUUUUAUGCGUAUUCAAGUCAGAAAGAAACUAGAUGGUAUAUUCAAGUUUCACUCGAAUACGAAAUGCGAUGCGAAGCUCGAAUCGGAGCUUCACAAAAAAUCUUCAAUUCAGAGAAAUCUUGAAUACUUUUUAUGUCGACAUGAUGAAAUUCAUCACUGAGGAAACUCUAUUCUUACUUAGCGAUACAUUCUUAAAGACCGAUUUCGAUUGAUCGAUUAAUUAUAUCCAUGAUUCAUUAUCUUAGAUCAGCUGUAAAUGAAUAGAUUAUAGUGGCUAACAUAUUUUCAUGACGUCACUUUAAAAACUCGUGAUGGACUACAGAAUGCGGUGCGAAGAACAGCAUUCAAAAACAGAUAUUUGAAGCUUUCGAAUAAUCAUUUUCAUUUUAAAUGAGUACCAUUUUAUUUUCUUGAUGUUUACACAAGAAGAUGUCACUUGUAUGGGUGAGUUGAUCGUUGCCGAAAAGCAGAUGAGGGUUCAUUUACGUAGCUAGUUUAUGUUCUUCUAAAGUUGAGUAGUUUUUAUCGCCUGCAUAGUUUCGCCUUGCUUUCGUUUGAGUCAGCAUCGGCUAUAUGAUAUAUGUACUAUUGAAUUUGAAAGCCGAAUCAAGAAACAGUUAAAUAUACGAUUACAAGCUUGUCCCUUUUCUUUUUCAUCAUCAGGCUUAACAACAAACUUGUUGUAUUCACCUGCUGGUCUCUAUUAUGAUGAAGCAAAUCAAGACUUAUAUAUUGCCAAUAACGGUGCCUCUACAGUGGUUAAGUGGAAAGCGGGUGCGUCAAAUGGUACGAUUGUAGCUGGAGUUUCUGGAAGUGUCGGAUCCAGUACAAAUAAGUUAAAUGGUCCAACGGGAAUAACACUAGAUCAGUGGAAAAAUCUUUAUGUAAAUGAUCGCGGCAAUAAUCGAAUUCAAUUUUUCUGCCAUGGUAGUUUGACAGGUGUUACUAUUGCAGGAAAUGGAACUGGUGGAACACUUUUGGUUGGUCCAUAUGAUGUUAAAUUAGAUUCACAACAGAAUGUAUACGUUCCUGAGUACGGUGCUAAUCGUGUCAUAAAAUUUGCUAAGCUAUAA